AUGCAGCUCAUCGCGCUUCUCUCCUUUUCUCUUGCUCUUAUGGGCACUGCCAACGCCCAACUGUGGAUUCCUUUGAACAUCCCCGAUCCCCAGACCACCUCCACCUCCCUCUGCUCCUGCUCCGGCACAGAACUGCCCCCCUUGCCCAGCAGCACCGGUCUGCCCACCGCCACCAGCCCGCCCACCAGCUCCAGCAUGCCUCUUCUAGCAAUCCAGUAUCCAAAGGGCCAGCAAGCCUGCAGCAACCUGUUCCCUGGUUCCGAGCCAGUGGUCAAAGCUGAUGGAAGUCCCAAGGGAUGCGCACCACCUGGUGGCUUCUGCACGAGUCAGCUCAAAUGCUAA